AUGUCUUCAGAAAAGAGUAACAAGAGUUUGCACCACGAGGCCGACUCCAAAAUGGAACAAGAUACCAAUAGAAAAGCAUGGAUUUUUCAACCGACUGGUCUUAAUUUCGUUUGGGGAGGUGACUCAAGAUAUUGGGUUAUCCCUAAAGAACCAAAGGUGCCUGCUGAACUGAAGAAGGUGAGUUGGUUAGAAGUAACAGGUUCGUUCGAGAAGAUUGAACCCAGAAAAACAUACCGAAUCGGUUUCAAAAUCUCGUUUAAACCUGAUGCAACUGGUUGGGACGAAGCACCAGUUUUCAUGUCAGCUAAAAUCGGAAAGAAUGGCAAGACAGUGUGGAAAAGGAUCAAAUCCAUUAACCAGAACUUUCUUAAACCGAAACGCGGAUCAGAACCGGUCAAUAUACCUGACGAGUCUGAUGGCCGGUUCGAAAUCUCGGUUAGCCCCACAACGGUUAAUCAAGAUACCAAGCUUCAGUUUGGUCUCUAUGAGGUGUGGACAGGAAAAUGGAAGACUGGUUUGUUAAUCCAUGAAGCCUUUGUUCAAGAAGUGUAAAGAGGAUAAUUCAUA